AUGAGUCUUGAGGCGCAGAGGCAAAAGUGGGGCGCAGCCCGAAAUCGCCAACUUCAACAUCUCAUGGCUGCCGAUGUUGUCCUCGUCGAUACCACGAGUAACGACCUCUGCGAGCGCGGCUUUCUCCACGUCCCUGUUUUCGUUAUUGGCCCUUUGCCGCGCCACAACGUCGUCUCUGUGGACGCGCCCGACGCCAUGGCUUCUUCAGCCAUUCCCAUGACACAGCUGGGCGAGCGGUCCUUCAACCACAGCGCCGGAAACGACGCUGAGGCGGAAUAUGACCGUCUGCGUGACCUCGCCCGUCAGGAGGCUGCAAAGCGCAACUCCUGCUUUGACAAGUCUCACCAGGCGUACGAGCGCGGCGAUGGGGCCAGCGCCAAGACCCUCUCGACCGAGGGCAAGCGCCAUGCCGCCGCCAUGGACGACUACAACCGGCAGGCGUCGGAGUACAUCUUCCGGGAGAACAACGCGGUGAGCCGGGUGGCCGGCGACACCAUUGACCUGCACGGGCAGUUUGUCGAAGAGGCCGAGCGGAUCCUGGAGCAGCGGAUCCGCGCAGCCCAGUCGCAGGGCCAGACGCACCUGCACGUCAUCGUUGGCCGCGGAAACCACAGCGCCAACCACGUGCAGAAGAUCAAGCCGGCGGUCGAGAAGCUGUGCGGCGAGCUGGGCCUGCAGUACGCCACCGAGGAGAACGAGGGCCGGGUGUACGUCAACCUGCAGGGCGGUGCCGUCAGCGGCGUCCCGCCCCUGCCGCAGCAACCGUCGGGACAUCUGGGCGGGUACGGCGGUGGUGGCGGCGGCGGCUACCAGCCGCAGUCCCAGCCCAACUAUUCGGCCGCGGCUGGCCAGCAGCAACAUCACGACCAGCACCAGCAACACCAGCAGCAUCAGCAGAACCAGCAGCAGCAGGGAAACGACCAGCUCGAGCAGGAGAUCGAGCAGGCUGUCGGCAAGUGCCUGCCGAAGCUUCUGCGCGGCUGCUGCACGAUUAUGUGA